GGUUUCCCUAGGCUGCUAGGUGAGAGUCUGUCAGUGAGAGCAAUGUCUCGGGCUGGAGAUGAGCUACUGGGGACCCUUCCGUACAGGACCGAAGCCCGGAGGAGCCCCCGUGUCAACCUGUUCCACCUCAAGCUGACAGACUCGGCUCUGCGAUGCCUGCGAGACUUCCAGAGGGGACAGGGUUCGGGACCCUCUUCAUUACAGCCUGUGAUCACAUUCCAAGGCAACCAGGGGUAUAUCAAGAUCCCAUCUCCUAGCCCAGGCUGUGAGGACAGAGUUCGAAUCUUUGCCUUCUACCUCUCCAGGGAGAGUAAGGACAAGCCUCAAUCCAGUUUUGAGUGCAUACGGCAAGGCACAUCAUGGUCAGGGGAGAAGCAACUCAGCUGCAUUGGCAGAAUACAAGACAAGAUCACUGUGUGUGCUACAGAUGAGUCCUAUCAACUUACUAGGGACCGUGUGUCUCAGGUGGAGAAAGAAACUUCCAGCAGGACAGCUAUUGAGAUCAAGCUUGAAGCAUCACAUCAAAAUAAAUAUGUGAAGAUCCCUGCUAAGAAGAACAUGGAAGGCAGUAAGGAGGAAUCACAGUGCAGUCGGAGACCACCUGUGUUUUUAACACCAGCAGCAAAGAAAUGUAAUCGUGUUGGUGUAGAGAAUAGGCCCCUUCAAGAAUGGGUCGUUCACCUCCUAGCCCUGAAGCCUUACAAGAAACAAGACAUCAUACCGAGACUAGAAAAAGCUGGUGAAAACCAUAGGGAGCAGAAAGAUCUUCUGGCUACCCUGGAUCUGGUGGGACAGGUAAAUCCUAAAGAUGGCAGCUACAGCUUGAAAGAAGAGUUCUACACUCAAGUGCAGACUGACUGGGUGGGAUAUAGCCCAGAGGAGAGACAGCACAUAGAAAGUACUCUGUCCAGGAAGCAUCUGAACAUUUCCGAAUCACAAAAUAUUCCAACAGAAAUGCCAGCUCCUCCUCAGAGAACACAGCACGGCCCCCCGUCUUCUUAUUCCAGUGCCAGAGGCCAAUACUCUGAAUCUAAACGUCCACCUGCUGCAGGGACAACAGACAAUGGGAGUUGCAAAAAAAUGAAGACAUCGCACUUGGACAGUCGUCAGCGAAGAUCAAAUUCUCCCCCAGUGCUGAACUCAAACUCUAGACAUAAGAGUAGCUCAGAAACCUGUGCAGGUCUGUGCUCCGUGCCUGAAAAUCAAGGUGUUUACUCUCUACACACCCACAAAAAUCAGAGUAACCAUCAGUCGGUGCCAAAGAGCCAACAUAGGGAAAGCCACAAGGAGAAAACUCCAUGUGAAGCCCAGGACUCUGGAAAGGCCAAGCCUCAAGGGGCCACAUCUCUGUGUUCCCAAGGACACAAAAAAACUGAGUGGAACAAACAAGAAAAGAAGCAGAAGGACUCCAGUGAGGAAGAAGAGGAGGACGACGACUGGGAAGAAGGAGCUCUUCAACUGGAAAGAUGCCUUUGCUCUCCAGAAGAAAAUCCUCCACAAGCAGAACCCGCUUCUCCUGCUGAUGGGAUCCUGGAUUAUUGCAAGAAGUACGGGCCAAUUACAUCCGCAGAUCAGAGGCAAGUGUACGAGAAGGACUUCACUGCAGAUUACACAGAGUAUCUGGAGCUCCAUGCCAAGAUCAGCCAAGUGCUGGAUCACUUUGUGCGGCUCGGAUCCAAAAUGAAGAAGCUUCAGAAAGGAACAGUAGAACACAAGGUGGCUGGAAAGAAAAUACUUGCGGAGUACAAGAAGUUCAAAGUGACCUACCCUGGGUAUCGAGAAGAAAAGGCCAAAUGUGAAUACUUACAUCACAAACUAUCACACAUAAAGGAACGGAUACUGGAAUAUGAAAAAAGUCCCCCAACUUAGCUCACUGGCUGUGUGAAUACUGAAAGGAAUACCGCAUAGCAGGGACUCAAGCAACCGUGACGUGUAAAGUGGAAGCCCAAGAUGAAAGGGAGGCUCCGUUGACAGCUGAGGGUUUAACCGGCACCAGGAAUGAAUAAUGUGCCAUUAAAACAAAUGUUAAAAUUGCAGCUCUGCCUUAAGGCUCUUACACAUGAGCGUUCUGACCUG